UUUUCUGAAAUCGGACCUUCCCGAGGGAGCGUUUCCUGCCGCUGCAUUUCCUUUGCUGCCGACGCCGCUCCGUGAUCAGUUUGUCAAAUUUCGCUCGGCUUCAUUUGCUGCCGCGUUCGAAUUUGCAUUUUUAAACUCUGGCCGCACAAAUUAGGCAUUCGAGCGGUCAAUGCUUCAUAUCUAUAUGUGAACUUUUUCUACCUCUCAAACUUUGCACUGUAACUUUUUCUAAUUGAGCUAAAAUUUUCAAUAUAUUUUCUAUUCGAAGGUAACUUUUUAUCGCAAAUAUUUGCCUAUUGCACAAAUCUUUUGGCUUUUUCUAGGAAUUUUUAGAGAGCUUCUGGAAGAAUCUCACAGGUGUGCUUUUGCUUCUUUAAAAUUCGCACUGAUCUGAUUCAAAUUUUACCAUAUUUUUUUUAUUUUAUUAAAACAUCCAAAUUCAAGAAAACGGUCCGCUUUGGUCACUUGACUUUUUAUUGACUUGGCCGUCGGUGCGAGUCGAGCGAAACCUUUGCCGAUUGAUCACCUGCACUUCUUCUUCUCCUUCCAUUUUUGGGCGGCGAAUUUUUUCGCUCGAGUAAAUGGGGCAGCAGCGAUUGCGUUCCCUCGCCGAUCGAUCGGAGGUGCAUUCGGCGAAUGCUUGUUGCGUGCAAAAGCGGCGUUAAUUUAUUUUUCAUGGCUCGCUGCAAAAGAUAAGAUUGCAUAAAGUCGCGCGCUUGCGAGGCAUGGCCAAGACAAGGCGGUACACGGAGCGUAUGUUUGGCUCCUGUCUGGAGGUGGCGAGGGAGUGCUGCACCAGUGGCCUGUGUGCCACCUCCGAAAUGGGCACCUCGAGGGGAGGCUCGAUCCGAAUCCAGCACGUGACGGCCGGUGCGGCCGCCGCCGCCGCCUCCAGUGCCCCCAGCUCGCUCUGCUCAGGCAGCGAAGAGUUGCCUGCCAGGUUUCCAAGGCUCGACGAGUGCGCCCACUUCCACUACGACCACGUCGAACUUGGACCACUCCAGGUGCAACUUUACUCGGAGGAGUUGAAGCCUCUGGGUGUGGAAGAGGAUGGCGAGGCCGGGAACGCACCAUUUUGCGUGCAGGUGACCUCUCAGGGUCGCUCCUGGCUGCUCAGGCGCUACUUCAAGGAUUUCUGUACCCUUGACCAACAACUGCACCGCUGCAUUUACGAUAGAAAGUUUUCCGGUCUGCCUGAGCUGGUGGCCGAUCCGCAGCAGCAACGGGAGGAUGCGAAACAAAGCAAUGCAUUGAGCGACUACUUGAGCAAGUUCUCCGAGUUGGCCGGCAGCACGAUCAAUUGCGGCCCGGUGCUGAAUUGGCUCGAGCUGGACAAUCGCGGACACCGGCUAAUUGUGACAGAGGACAAUGCCAUCAACACACCGGCAGUGGCUGCCGCGUAUGCCAUCCGGCGCUACGUGGCCCAGGCCGCCGAUGAAAUCUCGUUUGAGGUUGGCGACAUGAUUUCUGUCAUUGAUAUGCCGCCGGCCGUGGAGAGCGUCUGGUGGCGAGGAAAACGAGGCUUCGAAGUGGGCUUUUUCCCCUGCGACACGGUUGCCGUGAUUGGCGAGAAGGUGCCCAAGAAUCUGCAUCUCUCCGCGGCACCUCCUCCAGCCUGUGCCUCCUCGUAUCCUGGUCCUUCUCACAGCCUAGCCUUGUACAAUCCUAUGAACCCACCAAUUGUGCCAGCCAUCCAGGCUGCUGAGGCUAUUCAACCAAGCAAACCGGUGCUACGCAAACAUGGAAAACUUAUUGCCUUCUUUAGAAGUUUCAUCCUAAAUCGGCCCUCAAGACGAAGGUUAAAACAGUCGGGCAUUCUCAAAGAACGGGUUUUUGGUUGUGAUUUAGGAGAACAUCUUCAAAAUUCUGGGCAUGAAAUUCCAAUGGUGCUAAAGUGUUGUGCGGAAUUUAUCGAGACUCGGGGCAUUGUUGAUGGAAUUUAUCGGCUCUCUGGAGUAACGUCAAAUAUUCAAAAGCUGAGGAAUGCUUUUGACGAAGACAGAAUACCAGCUUUAUAUGAUGACAGCACAAUUACUCAAGACAUACAUUCUGUCGCAUCACUGCUCAAAAUGUACUUUCGUGAACUUCCCAAUCCCCUUUGUACGUAUCAGCUGUACUCACACUUCGUGGCUGCUGUUCAGUCAUCGGAGAAUGAAAGACUUUUUAAAAUGAGGGAGGCUGUGCAGAAACUUCCUCCUCCUCACUACAGGACCCUGGAGUAUUUGAUUAAGCAUUUAGCUCAUGUGGCCUCUCGAGGUAACGAGACUGGAAUGACCCCGAGAAAUGUAGCCAUCGUGUGGGCCCCUAAUUUGCUCCGCUGCAAGGAGCUAGAAGUCGGUGGAGUGGCUGCACUGCAGGGCGUUGGCGUGCAGGCUGUAGUUACUGAGUUUCUUGUUUGCUGUGCAGACCUUAUCUUCUGUGAUAAACUACCGGCAGCACCCAACACUCCACAAAUAUCUGAGCAAGCAACUUCAACAUUGAGGCUCUCCAACAGGCCUAAGUCAUUGGCGAUUUCAACACCUACCAAAUUGCUAACCCUGGAAGAGGCUAGGAAGAGAGCUCUUGGUCAAGCAUCACAUUUGCAAGAGUACAUCGAAGUCGGUGGUGGGCCGUCUAAGCUACCUGAAAAGUAUCACACAGUCAUUGACUUGCCUGGUGGUUCUCGAAAAAGAGAUAGUAGCCUCAAAGCCAAGAGAUCGCCUCUAGGGUGGCGGUCUCUGUUUGGAAGCAAAGUUCGCUCGACAGGUUCUGUGAGAUCCACAAAAAUUUCUACAUCUCGAAUUUCAGCUCCCAUGCUUGAAAGAGAAAUGAAAGUUUUGGAGUCGGAAGUCCUCCAGCCCAAGCGACCUCUACGACCAAUCAAGAGCGCAGAAUCCCUCAACUCAAGCGGCAAAAAUUCAGCUCAGGGAUCGGCUCGAAAUUCGACAAUCCUUGAGGUUGCCAGUCCAGAAUCUCCCUUGGGACCAUUGCCCUCUAUCAUGGUGCACACCUCGUUUUUAUCCUCAAAGCCUAGUCACAACAGAUCGGUGUCCCAUGACUCUUACUUUGACCAGCUUUCUGCAAAGCAAGAUGAUGAUGAUAGUUUGGACCUUAGUGAAAUCCAGUUGAACUUUGACCUGGAAGACAAUGAAAUGCGUAUUUUCUCCGAAGACGAGACCCUUGUUUCGACAUCUGCUGAAAGUCCAAGCAACUCUGUCGCCUCCUCGUUCAGUCAGAGAGUUAAGGCCAAGAACAGUCCUAAACUGAAGUAUGUGCCCAGAGCCCAAGUAGAGGACAUGUCAUCUGCUGAUCCAUCACCAAAGAAAAAUCGUAAAAUGAGCACAAAUUCGCCUAGUUCUCGUAAGAGGUCAAAAAUUGACACGUCAAAAAAUUUUGUUGUAAAAGUUGACGAACUCCGGUACAUCGACUCUCCAGAACCCAGCGUUUCAAAUUUGACUUUCCCUGAAGGUCCCAGCCUGCAAACUAGUAUAUCUGACUCAGACGUGCACAGCAAUAUGCACACUGGCGAUUCGGAUUACGAAGUGAUGCAAAAGCACUCGGAAUCUUGCGCCAAAUUGUGUGCCGUUAAUGAACGCAACCCGAAAGGAAUUCAGAGCUCUGGAAGUUCAGGUCUCACCACACCUACAACACCUCCAAGGUACACUCAAUUGCUGAGCGACAAUGAGCCCAACUCUGGGGAGGUGACACCUCAAGACCUGACCAUCGAAGGCCUGUAUGACAACAUUGCAUCUGGCAACUGGGAAAAACUUGAGAGGGCAGGAAAACUGGUCUAUCAGAAUAUCAUUCCUAUGAGCAAGACGGAAGACACGCCUGUGGCUACACCGACCCCUGAGGAUAUGCAAAUUGCACCUAUUGACAUAAACACCGAAGUGGGUGUUGAUGGAGAGGCGGUGUAUCAGCAGGUCAAGUUCUUCAGGCGGUCUGUGGCCGAGGUCAACGAUCUCAUGGAAAUCUCUCCAACUGGUGAAUCUCCCCCUAAAGUGACAGAGUUCAUGAGAAGAAGUUCAACUGGUGUAAUUAGUGCAUCAUCACCAAUGGUCGAAAAUGCCAGAAAGUCGUGGUCACCACUUAAUCAAUCUGUAGAUUCUGAAGAUUUGCGACGAAGGUUUGACUGUGAAAUUGGCCGGGAAUUGGUUCGAGAGCGUCGCAUCAAUACAGAACUGGAGAGAGUGAGAGCAGAUGCAAGCCCUUGUGGAAGUCCCAGCAGAUCUGAACACCGCCUUUGCGCGUCCCCUCCGUCAAGUCUGGCAAUCUCGUCCCACACCUCCCAGAAAGGCACAACAACAGCCAUGCCUCUGAUCGAUUCUGACGGCUCCUUGACCAGUCUGAGCAGCGCCACCAGUUCUGGCGUCGACCCUCUCUCCUCCACCAAUCCCAUUCCUUCAGGCCUUACCACUCCAGGAAGCAAUGUAACUCCCAGUCCAGACGAACCAGGCGCAAAGUCAGGCAUCAGUUCGUGUCUGUCCAGUGAAUCGAGCGAAUGCUCCACCAACGUCAACGAGCAACUGAAUAACUUGGAAGCUCUCAGUCUAUGUCUUCAGGGUUUGAAGACAAAAGGGUCAGUGGAAAAUUCACCAGCGACUCGAUCUACUCCGACUUGUAUUACUCCUGACCAAAGCAAAACUUUGACAUUUGUGACAGUCGAAGAUUCCAGCAGAACACAGUCAGCCACCACUGGACCUCAGACACCUGAAAGGGGCUUGCUUACUCCCACUAGUCCUGUUCUUCUAGAGACUCACAUUGGCGCAGAUUCGGAUCCUGAAGCAAUGCUGGAACCUAUUAGUGAAUCAGCCAGUGUUGAGGAGACGCCCUCCACUGGGGUAGAGCUCCGUUCCAAAGUUGUCCAAGACGAUAGGCCUAUCUCUGCACCCACAUCAAGCGCAAUUCGACUUACUUUGACUUUGAGGAGAAGUUCAGAGCCCGCUAAGACCUUGAGUGUGGCAGACACAAGGCGUUUGGAGAAUCGCAAGGUCAGCGUCAAAGAAUUGUUGAACAGGUUUGAAGAGGCCAAUAAGUCAUUGCCUCCAUGUUUGCGCUCCAAAGCGGUCAAAAGUCAGCUGGCGUCGGCCAUGAGUGGGUCGUUGGACGAGAAAAGAUUCAACGAGACCGCGAGAGAGAUGACCAGAGUCAACACGCUGCCCGACAUGUCUGAGCCGAGAGACCAGCCAGAAAAGAUGGAUGAGUCGGUUGUGAGUGGCAAACCUCCACUGAGUCCAACAAAACCCACUCCCAGUGCUGCCAUUGAUAUUCCGAAAAGUGUAGCCAACCUGGACUUGGACGAUCCGAUGCGGAGGGAGCGAAUAGAGAGGUAUAAGGAGGAGAGACGCAUGAAGUUGAGAGAAAAGUACAACACUCAAAACUUAGCCCUUGAUAAGGAUGAUGACAUUGUGGAAAGACUGAAGCACAAGGCAGGGCACUCUAGGCUUCAACCUUCUCCCGUAGACGAAUGUCCUCCCAGUGGGCCAUUUACAAGGUCAGUCUCACUGACCGAGCGUUUGGGAGGCAUCAGGUCAAGAAGUCACUCGGAGUCAAAGGAUAGUCAAUCAAGUGCCAACUGCGACUAACACACUCCCUCUUGUAACCCUUAAGAAAGUAUUCACAAUUCCAGAAUAUUUCCAUUUAUAUAAUAAAAUAUGAUAGUAUACCUGAUUUCUGUUCAGCUGGGGUGUAGCCUCCCGGUUUUUGAGCACAAACGUUUGUUUUGUUAAGACUGUCUGCACUGUAAUGAUUCAAUUUACAUUGCCAUAUAAUUGCCAUUUUAUUUUUGCUUACUGUGUAAAUACACAAUAUUAUAGCACCGAAGCUUUUUAAUUAGUGCCACUUUGAUUGCGUUUUUUUCACAGGAUUGACAAUCUCUAAUUGAAAUGUAGAAUUAAAUUUUCCAGCUUAGUGACAAAUAAUAUUAUUAUACCUGCCUAUUUGUUUUCGUGGAUGCGUAUUAAUUUAAAAAGUAAUAACUUUUCCAAAAUAUUAAAAAGUAUGUUAAAAUCAAAAUUUAUAUACUAAUUAAGAUCAGAAGCGUACAAAUAUAGCUAAUAAUAUUCACUAAUUAAAUUCAUUAAUCAUGCAGUAUUACUGUUAAAAUUUUUUGUUAAAUAUUUUGCUCAAAAUGCUCCAAAUACUCAAUAAUUAUGUCGUUUGUUGGUAGACAAUAAUAGUUGUAAAUUAUGUAACCAUGUUAUUGACGCAUUCAGUUGGCCAAAGAUUUUGUCAUUCCAAAAAAAAAUUAACUUUAUUCACCAAGUCUUCGAUCUGCUUAGUCUUCAAAAAUAUAUUACGUAAUACUGUAACGAAUUAAAAUUCUCCAGAAUAAUUAAUACUGUCUGUAAGCAAGCCAUGAUUUGUACCAAUGUGAUAACUGAGAUUUAUUGUCUAUAUGGAAUGUGGAAGUUAUACUUUCCGAAACCAAACCAAUCUGUUCCAAGUUGCUUGGAUCUUCUAGGUCUUGUCUUAAUAUUCGCGUCAUGCCCAACUUGGAAGAUGAUUGAAUUUUGCCUUAUAAAAGGUGCGAACUCGCACUCUUGUUGACAACCAAUCUUGACUUGCAACAGUGCUCUUUUUCAUCAGCAAUUUUCACCCAAAUAAUUAUGUAUUAUUGUGUUUAAUCAAUUUAGUAUGAUUCAACUUCCAGUGGCAAGUAAAAUUUAUGGUAAACAAAAAAUUGCAUUUUAUUUA